CCAUCCUCUAUCACUACCCGGGCUGCCCUCUUCUCUCACUAGUCCACCACCCACCUGCCGUACGUGCGGGGUCACCCUGUCUUCUGCUUACUGCCUCGCCGCCUUUGUAAUCUGUGUCUGUCUUCCUCCUCAUUAUCACAAAUGUUUGACUGACCACACUCGAGAACCUCCGGCCUGCCAGGUGAAUGUCUGUCUGAGCUCGUGAUCUGAUCAGUGUACCAGGACGAUUGUGAAUUUACGUGACAUGUGAUAGGCUGGCUAGCUUUUGUGCGUGUUGCGGUUUUAGUGAUCAGUAUCAGAGGGGUUUAGAAUGAUUUACAAAUGCACUGGGGUCAAGGCUCCCCGGGACGACGAUCACGAGGAAGGCAAGUCACAGAAGUGAUUGUUAAUGCUCUCUCAUCUCGCCUCAAGGAAGAUUCAACGUGCCAGUGAUAAUAUCUGAAGGGUAGUGAUGAGUACCAUCCUUGGUGGUUUAAGCGAAGAGCCUUCCGAGGUAGGAGCGUCCAGUCCUCUUGCUGCUGCCCGGCAGUCUACUCGUGGGUACUUCACCAGCCAAGAGUCACUGGAGACACUUGCUUGGGCUCCACACUGCGGCGGAGCCUACCACAAGAGCCUGGAAGAUAGCAGCAAGAACCUCUCUGCUAGUUUGAACCGCCGUAAAUGUGAUCUUGGCACUGGAGACUCCGUUACCUCACUUGACAGUUUCUGUGACGCUCUGGAAGAUUCCAGAGACGAAUCCGAUGCCACUGCUACGGUGGACAGUGACACAGGUUCAUUUUAUUCAGUUGAGUCUUACCGCAAGACACUUCGUAAUAGUAGUGCUGCUUCUCUUGUAAACUCAGAAUUUGGUAGUGAGAUUACUCUGUAUGACUCUGCCCAAUCUCUCAACACUCCGCGAAAUUUAAGCCAUUUGUCAUUGUUAGACUUCGACAAUUCCAACAAAGCUAACGAAUACACACACAAAAAGUUGGAACACAGCACUAGUCUGUGUACAAAUUCUGAUAAUUUACAAGGAUUGCUUGAAGAGAAAGAGAGUUCAUUUUGGGAAUAUACAAGCUGCCCCGACCUCUACUCCACUGGGCGCGGAUCUAAGAUACCUGCUGUUGUUAGACAGAAUCCUAAACGUGCUUUUCAGUCCAUAUCCGCCAUCAGUUCCAGCCUCCCGCUUAGUCUCUCUCCUCCUUUAUCUCCCCUAAGAAAGAUACUUGAAACUAAUUCUGAUAUGAGUGCCGUUAGCGGGGCUACCUCGCUCAAGGUGGCUGAAGAUAGUGACAAGAAGAAAAAGGGACUCAUGUCACCUUUCCGAAAAGGUCGGAAGACUGGCCGAAAGUUUCGUCAACAAAAGAAGGUUCCGGAGGGAGGAAUUAGUUCCCCCGGUUCAGGGGUGACCAGUGACACUGAUCAAGAGUAUUUAUUGGAUUCUGAAUCCAGUGUCCCAAAUAGCCCGGCUCUCGUGAAAAGUAAUGUUCUUCAUGGAACUGAGAAUGAAGGAAAAGGGGAGGAGAGUGAAAUUAAUCUGGACACGCUUGAGCGACUGAACGGGUCGUCGUCACCUAAGGGAUCAGACGCCAGCAGCAAGACUCCAUCUCCGGUUACCAGCAAGAGUAACACGAUCGAAUCUGGUGUUAUGAAAGUUGACGAGAAGGCAGAAAAAAAGAAAGAGAAGACAAAAUUUGGGAGUUUUCUUGUUCGCAAGGACAAGAAACAAAAACCUGAGUAUGGUUCGAAAUUUUCUAUUGUAAGUAAUACCUCAGCAGCGUCUUUUACUACUGAUGCGUCGAUGGCAAGCACCGACGCGGUCGCAACAUCAGAUUCUACAGAGAUGAAGACAGAAGAGAAGGCUAAUGUGAAAGGCGAUAUGGAUCCUCUGACCGCAGAGUCUGAGACAAACAAUACCAAACACGUAGCCUCAGGUUCAACCGACGCUAAGGAUGUUACCCCCAGUUCCAAUAUCUCUACCAUCCAGUUUAUCAAAAAUCUGACGGUAAAUGCAGAAAUACCCGCUGUGCCGGGUAUCAAGACAGAAUCACAAGAAGAUACCUCUGCAGUGGAAAACAAGAAGCUUGUUACAUCACCUAAUGGCAAACCAUCUACAUCAGAGGUAAUUUCUGAAACGAGUGCGACAGUUGAUAUUCUCUCAAAUCAAAAUGAAUCUCCUGAUAUUCUAAAUUCUUCCUCCCCUGUUUCAGUUAGGUCUUCCAAUCCCCAGGUUCCUCCUCCCGAACCCAUAACAGUUACCUCAGGUUCUCAGGUGACAGUAAACCCGUUGACGACCAAUCCAGUCUCCCGGUCGUCUACUAGAUCGAGAUCCCCAACUCCAGUCUUUCCUAGACGUUUUUCCUUGGAGAACGUUUCAAAACCUUUAAAUGUAAAGGGGCUGUCUACCGAGCGUCGAGGUAGUUUAGGGACUCUACACAAGAUAACGCCAUUUACCUUCACGUUGGAAGAGACAGCCAGAUAUACGACAAAGGCGUCAGAGGGCGUUAGUGUUGAGGUGGCCCUGCCAGUGGAACCUCUGGCUACCCGGGGCAGAAGCCCUUCCCCAUCCAGCAGAGAGAGUUAUGGGCGGAGGGUACGAGGCUUCCCCGAGGGUGACCGUUCCCUGUUAAUGGAAUCGUCGGGCCACACAAGUGGCUCUUGGGCAACCUCGAGCGCGGACAAGCGUGAACAUCUAUACAAGAUACUGGUGAUCGGAGAGCUUGGCACAGGCAAGACCUCUAUUAUAAAGAGAUAUGUUCACCAGUUCUUCAGCCAGCACUACAGGGCUACCAUUGGCGUUGACUUCGCCCUCAAAGUUCUAAACUGGGACAGCAACACUGUCAUCCGUCUUCAGUUGUGGGACAUUGCAGGUCAAGAGCGAUUUGGAAAUAUGACAAGAGUGUACUAUAAGGAAGCAGUUGGAGCAUUUGUAGUAUUUGAUGUGACUCGUGCCCAAACUUUUGAUGCAGUGACGAAAUGGAAGACAGACCUUGAUACCAAAGUACCCUAA